AAGCUAUGGUCUAUUUAAAUGGUAGUUUUAUAAGAGAUAAGAUAUUGAAGAUAUAUAGUCUUUGUAGUUGUUUUCAUAUGAAGCCAUGAGGAGCCAUGAGCCACGUUCCACUUCCUCUUGUGCAGCUUGCAAGCUCUUGAAAAGGAGGUGCAGUCCCACCUGCAUUUUUGCACCCUAUUUCCGGUCCGACGAGCCGAAGAAAUUCGCGAAGGUCCAUAAGGUUUUCGGAGCUAGCAACGUCAGCAAGAUCUUGAUCGAGGUUCCCGAAGAACAGCGUGAGGACACCGUGAACUCCUUGGUUUACGAAGCUGAGGCAAGGCUUCGUGACCCUGUCUAUGGUUGCAUAGGUGCCAUAGCCUUGUUGCAAAGGAAGAUGAUCGAGCUUCAACACGAUUUGGCCCUUGCGAGAGCUCGUUUGGCUCGGUACGCUGCGAACUACUCAACUGGUGUUGCUGGUACGGAACUUGACCGGCUUACCAUGACGGGUUUAGGGAUGAAGCUAAGAAUUUGUUACAACAUCUACAUCGUAUUCGGGGAUGAAGGGAAAAAAGUUUUUGGAGGUCUAAAUAAAAUCAUAAAUUUAUAAUCAUAUUAAUUUAUAAUUUCGUAAUUUUAUGAGAGACCAAGGACUUAAGAGUAAAUUUAUCAUUUAUGAGAGACUAAGGCCAUUGUCAA